AUGGAAGACUACUCAAACAUCAAGUCAAGGGGAGUACAGAUGUUCUACAUCCAGCUCGUAUUCCUGAUAGUUGCAGGCCUCUUCGUCCUGCUCAGGGUCUACGUCAGGGCUGUGUUGGUCAAGAAACUCAUAUAUCUUGUGUAUGGUGCUGUUGCUCUCGAUGGCAUUCGAAACGGCGCCACUGGAAAGUCCCUCGCCGAGCUCGAGAUAGACGAUGCGGCUGUCUCACUACGGGCUUGGUAUAUCUGCGAAGUUCUCUAUGCUCCCACGACCUUGGCCAUUCGCGCGUCAGUCUGUGUCUUGCUCCUCCGUCUCGCCUCGAACAAGAUUCACCGUUGGAUCAUAUGGAUCAAUCUUGCCGUCGUUAGCGUCGUCUCCAUCGCCUUCUUCUUCCUACUGGUCUUCCAGUGUAGCCCCGUACAUUUCUUCUGGCGCCAGCUAUAUGGAAUUCAGGGCACCUGCAUCGAUCAUAAUAUCGUGCCAUACGCAACCAUUGCUCACAGUGUCAUCUCGGCUUUGUCUGACUGGUGCCUGGGACUGCUACCUAUUGCGUUGCUUUGGAACGUAGAUAUCAACAGAAGAACGAAGGUCAUCAUUGCGAUUCUCUUGAGCAUGGGCAUGGUUUUCUAUAUGCGACAAUCCAUUUGGUCCAUCAUGGAACCUGCCCUUGGCAUCAUCGCAGCUUGUACAGCUACCUUCCGUCCUCUUUUCAAGAAUUGGGGUUUUGGAUGGACAAGUAAGCGAGACCCUCGCGACGACAAUAUCCACAGCCCUGACCAGAAGAGCACGGAGCUCUCGUCGACCACUCACACGGUAUCCAAGCACCUGAGCCAGCUUGGACCCAGCGGCGAGUCACAGAUGGAGCUCAAUGUUGUCUCAAUACCCAGCUCGCCGCGGGAUAUCGAGAAAGGGCAAAUCCGUGUUAGGUCUCCAUCACCGACAUACCGAGCGUACAGUCCUGAUGGGCCGAGGGACAGUGGAGAGGGGCAUCCUGAUAUGCCGGCACCACCGCCAGCGCGGCGGUAG